AUGCUCCGGUGUUUGCAGAUUAGCCUGCCGAAGAAUUGCACUGCAAACACCCAGACCAAGGGCUACGAGCUGCAGUCCUGCAAACUCCCCUGCGACGUGAAAGGGCCAACCAGAUUCUUUUUGGGCACUGGAGCUGAGAUCAAAAUAUCCUUCAAGACCAAGCCCACCCUGGUGGUCAUUGGAGGCUCCCAGAACCUUCACUUCCUGAAUGAUGAGAUCCCAGACAUGACAAUUCUGAAGGCACCGGCGCCACCAAACCCCAUCGUGGACUACGGCUUCACAGGAUUCAACUUUGCUCCGCAGCAGAAGUACUACAACAUGUUCAAGGACGGGGUCCUUGCAAAGCUUGCGAUCUAUGCCUUUGACACAUCAGCAUCCCCCGGCAAAUCAGCCGUCAAGGGUCUGGCCACGUACAAAUCAGCCGCCUGCCGCAUGUUCCUGUACGUGCAGAUGACCAGCCAGCCAGCCAAUGAGACUGUGGGACCGGGCCAUCUCUUUGUGGCUGCCAAGGGAGCCAACACCUCUGAACUUGCCGCCCGCAGGAGGCUGCUGAGCAAGGUGCUGCCCCCCAGCCUGGUUGGGGGCCUGCUGCUGAUCAUCUGCGCAACAGGCUGCCUGCUCGGCAAGUGCGCACAGCGGAAGCGGCACAGUGCAUAUGGCGGUGCAUCAUCAUGCUGA